AUGGACAUACCGCAGCUCGCAGCCCGUGAAGAGGAGGCGUUUCGAGAGCUGAGGGCGGCGAGGGCACAGCGAAAGCAGGCAAAUGAGCCGAAGGAGGAGAAGCUCCAGCUCUACCCCCGGAACUGCCCGCACUGCUCGAAGUCCUUUCCUUCCAGCACCAGGUAUCACAAGCACGUGAGCUAUCACACAGCGGCAAA